AUGUCUAUGAAAGCUGUAGUUUUUCGAGGCCCGUUCGACAUUGCCGUCGAGGAGAAGCCAAGACCGCAAAUCAAAGACUCUAAAGAUGCGAUUAUUCGAGUCACCCUGGCAGGAAUAUGCGGAAGUGAACUUCAUAUGUAUCGAGGCCACCAGGAAACGGGCACUGGGCACAUCAUGGGCCAUGAGUUCGUCGGUGUCAUUGACGAAACCGGAAGCGAUAUUGCCUUGUUUCACCGCGGAGAUGUCGUCGUUUCUAUAUUCUCCCCAGUCUGCCUCGAGUGCUGGUUUUGCCGCCAGGGAUUAACAAACCGCUGCGUCAAUGGCGCCGCCUUUGGUACCCAAUUACUCGACGGUGGUCAGGCUGAAUACGUCCGCGUCCCGUUCGCCGACGGCACGCUUCAGCAUGUCCCAGCUGGACUCGAUAGACGUCUACUUAUUAUGAUGUGUGACAUCUUCCCUACCGGGUACUACGGCGCACAUCGAGCUCUCGAGGGACUCCGCAUACAGUACAGUUCGCGCCUCACGAGCUUUCAGUCAACCAAGCAAGACGGACACGAUGCUACCCGCAAUUCUUCCAGUGAAAAGCUCCGAGAGUCCACCAUUGUUAUCCUGGGCUGCGGGCCGGUAGGAAUCUGUGCCAUUGCCGCUGCUCGCUCGGAGGGAGUCAAGACCGUAUUUGCUGUGGAUAGUGUCGAGGACCGUUUGGACGAGGCUAAGCAGCUUGGUGCCAUACCUCUUAUACUCGGCAAGGAGGAUAUUAACACUCGGGUGCUGGACUCGACGGGCGGCAGAGGCGCGGAUGCUGUUGUCGAGGUUGUUGGCAACAAGGCAGCGCUUCGCUCCGCAUUCGAUCUAUUACGGCCGUGUGGCUUUUUGUCAUCCGUGGGCUUUCACCAAGGUGAGGUACCUUUCUCGGCCCUGGAAUGCUAUCAGAAGAAUAUCACGGUCAACUUUGGCCGUGUACCUGUCCGUACCGUAUUCGAGGAUGCAUUGCAAUGCUUGACGGAGAAUCAAGAGAGGUUACAAGGCUAUAUUACGCACGAGUUCUCGCUGUCCGAUGCUGCCGCGGGGUACAAGGUGUUUGAGCAGAGGGCAGCUCGAAAGGUUAUCCUGAAGAUAUCGAGUUAG